AUGCCGCCCGCCCUCAAAGCUGUCUGGCUGCUCUGCGAGAUCACCGGAAACGGCGACCUCAACCCCAUCGAAGCCCACAAAAGCGAAGAGUCUGCCACGGAGGCGAUGGACCUGCUUACAUCGAACUGCGAGAUCAUGGAAGUGCCCCUGAAGACCGACACGACCGCGAAAGCCAAGUCUGAAGACACGAAGGAGAAGAAGACCAAAGGCAUAAAGCGCGCGCGCGACGACAGCGUGGUCGAGUCGGAAGACGAGCUUGCGACCGAGAGCCCAACCAAGACCAAAAAGACCAAGGCUGUGAACGAGGAGCGCAAGACCGUCCCUGAAGGUGUCCCCAACGGCCUCAAGGGCUUCAAGUUCUUCUUCACCGGCACGAUGGAGAAGGAUCGCAAGACGUGCGAGGCCACUGCGCGCAAAUACGGAGGAGUGGUGAGCGGCAAAAUUGAAGAUGCUGACUAUGUCGUCCUCGGAGCCAAGCCCGGACCGAAGAAGAUGACGGCCAUCGCCGAGCAUGAGCUGUUGACACUUCCCGAGGCCAAGUUCUUCGAGAUGGUGAAGACGGGGGUGCCGAAGGAGAAGCUGCUCAGGAAGGCGGCUGGAGGGGUCUGA